AUGUCGGAUAUAAGAACAAUUACCUGCGGAGUUCCUCAAGGGACAAAUCUAGGCCCGUUGCUAUUUCUCCUUUGUAUAAAUGAUCUGCCAAAUUGCCUUGUAACAACAAGCGCCACAAUGUUUGCGGAUGAUACAAGCCUAUCAUGUAACAGACUAUCAUCCGCAGAUAUAGAGAGUAAACUGAAUCACGAUUUAGAAAUAAUUCACACAUGGUUAACCGCAAACAAGCUGACUUUAAACUGUAAAAAAGCUGAAUACAUGAUUAUUGGCUCACGACAAAAAUUAAAUUCUAUUGCACAAAUACGACAAACAUAUCAAUCACAGGCGAGCAAAUAA